AUGUACGGCAAUUGGACCCCCGACAAGUGCACCCUGGAUAUUUGGCCCGUGCUAAUCUGUCUCAUAAAGAUGAGAACAUUGUUCGCCCUUGGUACAGUGGCCUUUUUGGCCGUAUGUGUCUUCUGUGAGGAGAAGAAUAGUAGCGAUAAAACGAAACUGGGUGUAACGAUCGGUAUUGAUUUGGGAACAACUUACAGUUGUGUGGGUGUAUUCAAGAAUGGUCGUGUCGAGAUAAUCGCGAACGAUCAAGGUAAUCGUAUUACCCCAUCCUAUGUGGCAUUCACUGCAGACACGGGAGAGCGUUUGAUCGGAGACGCGGCCAAGAAUCAACUGACGAUCAAUCCUGAGAAUACGGUGUUCGAUGCGAAACGUUUAGUGGGACGUAAAUUCAACGAUAAGUCCGUUCAGGAGGAUAUGAAAGUGUGGCCAUUCAAGUUGAUCAACAAGGACAAUAAACCGUACGUACAGCUCGAGGUACGCAAGAAGGUGACGACCUUCACCCCGGAAGAGAUCUCCGCCAUGGUGUUGGGUAAGAUGAAGCAGAUUGCCGAGGACUACCUGGGUAAGGAGGUCAAAAAUGCCGUCGUCACUGUGCCCGCCUACUUCACGGACGCACAACGUCAAGCCACCAAAGAUGCGGGCGCGAUCGCCGGUCUGAAUGUACUCCGUAUCAUCAACGAACCAACUGCGGCAGCAAUUGCCUACGGAUUGGACAAAAAAGAAGGUGAACGUAACAUUCUGGUGUUCGACUUGGGUGGAGGUACAUUUGAUGUGUCGGUGCUGACGAUUGAUAACGGUGUAUUCGAAGUAUUGGCCACAAACGGUGACACGCAUUUGGGUGGUGAGGACUUUGAUCAACGUGUCAUGGAGUACUUCAUCAAGCUCUACAAGAAGAAAACCGGCAAAGACAUCCGAAAAGACAGUCGCGCAGUACAGAAGUUGAGACGUGAGGUCGAGAAGGCCAAGCGAGCGCUGUCGUCACAGCAUCAGGUACGACUCGAGGUGGAGUCGUUGUACGAUGGUGAAGACUUCUCUGAAACACUCACCCGCGCCAAAUUCGAAGAACUGAAUAUGGACUUGUUCAGAGAGACAAUGAAACCAGUUGCAAAGGUAUUGAGUGAUUCAGACCUUGAGAAGAAAGACAUCGACGAGAUAGUGUUGGUUGGUGGAUCAACUCGUAUCCCGAAAGUUCAGCAGCUUAUCAAGGACUUCUUCGAUGGAAAGGAGCCGUCUCGUGGAAUCAACCCAGAUGAGGCAGUCGCAUACGGUGCUGCCGUUCAGGCUGGUGUUAUCUCGGGUGAAGAGAAUACAGGUGACAUUGUGUUGUUGGAUGUGAAUCCAUUGACGAUGGGUAUCGAGACGGUUGGCGGAGUGAUGACCAAACUGAUCAAUCGUAACACGGUCAUCCCAACCAAGAAGAGUCAGAUAUUCUCAACAGCUGCCGAUAAUCAACCCACUGUCACUAUUCAGAUCUACGAAGGUGAACGUCCGAUGACCAAGGACAAUCAUUUGUUGGGCAAAUUCGACUUGACCGGUAUUCCGCCAGCACCGCGAGGUGUGCCUCAAAUCGAGGUGACGUUCGAGAUCGACGUGAACGGUAUUUUGCACGUGACGGCUGAAGACAAGGGCACUGGGCACAAGAAUCAGAUCACGAUCACCAACGAUCAGAACCGCUUGUCACCAGAAGAUAUCGAGCGAAUGAUCAACGAUGCCGAUAAGUACGCAGAGGACGACAAGAAGGUGAAGGAGCAAGUGGAGGCCAGGAAUGAGUUGGAGGGAUACGCGUACUCGCUGAAGAACCAGAUUGGUGAUAAAGAGAAGUUGGGUGGAAAACUGGACGAUGACGAUAAGAAGACGAUUGAAGAGGCAGUUGAUGAGACGAUUGCGUGGUUGGAUAGUCAUAAGGAAGCAUCCGUGGAAGAUUUGCAACAGCAGAAGAAGGAUUUGGAAGCUAAAGUGCAGCCGAUUGUCUCGAAACUGUACAAGGAUGCCGGAGGUGCCCCACCACCAACAGAAGACAAGGACAGGGACGAAUUGUAA